AUGCAGAUCACAGAAGAGCAAAGGCAGAGAUCCGAAGCUAACCGAUUAGCAGCCUUAGAAAAGAGAAAAGCAUACAUCAUCAAUCAGCAGCAGCAACAACCACAACUGCAAAACCCAUGGAAGCUUUUCAAGUGCCGAAAGCUCUCUCCGGAACUGCCCUCCAUUGCAUGCUCCCCAAACCCACCUCCUUCUUCCCGUGUCAAUCCGGAUUCAGAUACCAAAUUGCCCCUACAUUUCCGGGUCCGCCUCGAAAUUUUGUCUCCUAACUCCUUCUCUAUCACCCCAGAGGCUACGAAGGGGUUCCCCUAUCCUGGGGAAGAAAAAUGUUUAAAUACUUUAGAAUCUUGCUUAUCCAGUGUAAUGGAAUCUCGUUAUACACAGAUUCAUGGAGGUGGAAGGGCAUGUGUGUAUGAUAUCAGAGACUAUGAUACGGUUUUGAUGUGUUUAAAGAAUUGCAAAAGAAUUGAAAUCGAAAAGAUUCCGUUUUCCACACUUAAUAUUAUCCAAAGACUUUCAAGUUCUUUUGAUACUGGCCGAUGGGAACCCUGCCGGCCUGAACAUUUCACCGAUGAAAAGGUGGAUGAAUUGAUUCGGAUGCUGCCAAGAAAGCUCUUGGAUGCACUCUUGCCUUUCCAACUUGAUGGCUUAAGAUUUGGUUUGAGAAGGGGUGGUCGGUGUCUUAUUGCGGAUGAAAUGGGCCUUGGUAAAACACUACAGGCAAUUGCUAUUGCUGGCUGUUUCGUAAAUGAAGGCCCUAUCCUUGUUGUUUGCCCAGCUAUUUUGCGGUUUUCUUGGGCAGAAGAGUUAGAGCGAUGGAUGCCCUUUUGUUUACCCUCUGAGAUCCACCUUGGUAAUAGUUUCUUGCUUUGUGCUUUGCCUUUCUUUCAAUCUUUUAUUGUUGCCAAGCUUUUGUUCUUUGUUGUUGGCCGUUUUUUUGGUCAUCGCAACAAUCCUGCAUAUCUAACAAGAUGCCCAAAAGUUGUGGUUAUUUCUUACACAAUGCUUCAUCACUUGCGGAGGACUUUGCUUGGGCAAGAAUGGGCUCUCUUGAUAGUAGAUGAAUCUCACCAUGUUCGUUGUUCGAAAAAAAAGUCAGAGUCAAAUGAGAUAAAAGCUGUUCUAGAUGUGGCAGAAAAGGUCAAGCGCAUAGUUCUUCUGUCUGGGACGCCUUCUUUGUCCAGGCCUGGUUUACUUGGGCAGAACAAGUAUGAUUUUGCAAAAACUUACUGUGCUGCCAGAUUUGUCCACACUCAUGAAGGAAAAGGUUUUCAGGAUUUCUCGAAGGGCAUUCGCUUGGAGGAACUGAAUGUGUUACUUAGGCAAACUGUUAUGCAUAUUCAUAACUGUUCAGGAUACUGCCACCAAAUCGUUAAUCUAAGUGCUAUUAGUUACCCCAUGAGCACUGAUAUGUUCUGGGUUGUGUAUGCUUUGUAA